GUUUAACGUUAUAAGUGCGCGAGUAAUAAAAUAAAGCUAAAUAUACUUCGACUCUUAAGCUGUUGUUUUCAGUUUGGCGUACCAUGGCAAAACUGUUAGUAGUUUUUGCCGUUUUGGCAUUGGCGGCCAGUAAUGCAGUCAACGCCACAGAGGCGCGAAUCAAGCGGCAGGCGACCACGGAAGAGCCCAAGAAGGAGGAGUCCUUCGAGAAGGAGCUGUGCAAGGACAAAGAUGCUGGCGAAUGGUUUCGCUUGGUAGCCGGCGAAGGCGACAAUUGCCGUGAUGUGAUUCAGUGCACCUCGUCGGGUUUGCAAGCCAUUCGCUGCCCGGCUGGCCUGUAUUUUGAUAUUGAGAAGCAGACCUGCGACUGGAAAGAGUCUGUGAAGAACUGCAAGUCCAAGAACAAGGAGCGCCGGGUGAAGCCGCUGCUGCACACCGAUGAGCCUCUCUGCCAGGAUGGCUUCCUGGCCUGCGGUGAUGGCAACUGCAUUGAGCGUGGCCUAUUCUGUAAUGGCGAAAAGGACUGCUCAGAUGGCUCCGACGAAAAUACUUGUGACAUUGACAACGAUCCCAAUCGCGCUCCCCCUUGCGAUCCGUCUGUGUGCGUUCUGCCCGACUGCUUCUGUUCGGAAGAUGGCACCAGCAUUCCCGGCGAUCUGCCCGCCAAGGAUGUGCCCAUGAUGAUCACCAUCACAUUCGACGACGCCAUCAACAACAACAACAUUGAGCUGUACAAGGAAAUAUUCAAGGGUCGAAAGAACCCCAACGGCUGCGACAUCAAGGCCUCCUACUUCAUCUCGCACAAGUACACGAACUACUCGGCCGUGCAGGAAACGGCGCGAAAGGGUCAUGAGAUUGCUGUACACUCCAUCUCGCACAACGACGAUGAGCGCUUCUGGUCGAACGCCACCGUCGAUGAGUGGGCCAAGGAAAUGGCUGGCAUGCGCAUUAUCAUUGAGAAGUUCGCAAACAUCACAGAUAACUCGGUGGUGGGAGUGCGCGCCCCCUACUUGCGUGUCGGUGGAAACGAUCAGUUCACCAUGAUGGAAGAGCAAGCGUUCCUCUACGACUCCACGAUCACGGCACCAUUAUCGAAUCCCCCACUAUGGCCUUACACUAUGUAUUUCCGCAUGCCUCAUCGCUGCCAUGGCAAUCUGCAGAGCUGUCCCACACGAUCACAUGCUGUCUGGGAGAUGGUGAUGAACGAAUUGGAUCGUCGCGAGGAUCCCGCUAAUGAUGAGUACUUGCCAGGUUGCGCUAUGGUUGAUUCGUGCUCGAAUAUUCUCACCGGCGAUCAGUUCUACAACUUCCUGAACCACAACUUCGAUCGCCAUUACGACCAGAAUCGUGCGCCCCUGGGCCUGUACUUCCAUGCCGCCUGGUUGAAGAAUAAUCCCGAGUUCCUGGACGCCUUCCUGUACUGGAUCGAUGAGAUUCUGGCCAACCACAACGACGUCUACUUUGUGACCAUGACUCAGGUCAUACAAUGGAUGCAGAAUCCCCGCACCAUCAGCGAAGUUAAGAACUUUGAGCCCUGGAGGGAGAAGUGCGUGGUGGAGGGCAAGCCCGCCUGCUGGGUGCCCAACACCUGCAAGCUCACGUCCAAGGAGGUUCCCGGUGAGACCAUCAAUUUGCAGACUUGCGUCAGAUGCCCCAACAAUUACCCAUGGGUGAACGAUCCCACCGGCGAUGGUUUCUUCUAAGUCAGCAAAUGAGGCGCGCGCUCGAUACACGCCUUAAAAUUUUCGUAAUAUCUUAAGUGGCUUGUCCGAUGACCUGCCCCUGCACCUUACCUUGUCCUCACCCUCUUCGAACUACACACCUAGCCACACUUUAUCUUCGUCUCCGUCGUCUUCCCCCUUUCUUACCCAAAAAUGUGCAAGACUUUUUACUUACAUACUCGUACAUAAAUACAUACAUAUAUUUGACUGACUCUGUUGGCGUCGCUGCGCGAUGUCGCAAUGCAGCAGCGCGUUUUAAAACGCGCUUAAGCUGCGCCCAUGACGCCUUCCAAGUCUUUGCUGUGUUACGUUAUA